GAUUUACGUUCACCCUCAGAAAAUAAGCGCGAUAAACUAUUGAAAAACCUGCGUUGUUAAAAUAAAAAAACUGGAUUCAAUUUAAAUUGGUUUCUCUUUGUAGGAAGACUUGGCUGUGACCGAACCGGAUAAUUUCUUUAGUAGAACAUCCCAGAAUGAGUUCCAUUUCGAAAUUACAAAACUACGUGACAAAUGCACUGGAAUGCACCCGCUUUCGCUUAAUUCGCAAGGAAGAAGACUUCGAUGAUGAGUCCAUUAUGUUUCAUCCGGAGAUGGCCCAUCAGGUUUUCGGUGAACAGGAGAGCAUAUUCGGCUAUCGAGAUUUACAGAUAGAUGUUGGGUUUGCGGCCGGCUCGCUGGAUAUCUACUUUAAUAUCAAAUAUUCACAGAAAAUUGAUGAUGUGAGUCCGGAUGGUGUAAAAGCAGACGACGUAGAGAAAGCUCUUGCUGAAUUGGUGGAAGAUGGAUGUUACUAUACUAAUUUGGAAGAAUAUAAAAAAAUCAUCAAAGUAAAAGCGGAAGCCUUCAAGCCAUUUGGUACUAAGGUAGAUGAAUUCAAGAUAAAUCCAGGCAUAUGCGGUCCAAAGGAGCGUACAUUCGAAGUUUACGUAAGCGAUAUAAACGAUAAGGAUUUCCUGAAGUAUCACGCCCGACUGGAGUCACUUUCGUUUUGGUUUAUCGACGCAUUUAGUAGAGUUGAGCACGAUCCACUCUGGUUGUUCUUCAUAGUGUAUGAAAAAUACUCCGACGGCGGCGAGACUCGCUAUGCAACUGCGGGAUAUUUCACAGUAUAUCAGUAUUACUCGUACCCGCAGUUCAUCAGGCCACGAAUCAGUCAGAUUCUCGUUUUACCUCCUUUCCAAAAACUUGGUAUUGCCUCCCGCUUGAUUGAAACGACUGUUAACAAAUAUUUCCUUGCUAAAAGUAAUGUAGCGGACAUCACGUACGAAGAGCCAACCGAUAUAGUACAACAUAUUCGCUCCGUCAUUGACGCAAAACACUGUAUGACAUUGCCCGCAUUUGCGAAAGAUAAACUGAUAACCGGGUUCAGCAAAGAAAUGCUGAAAGAAGCAAAAGAAAAAUACAAGAUCAAUCCCAAACAGUGUCGCGUAAUCUAUGAGAUUCUGCGGUUGUCAGUAGUCGAUAAAAAGAAUGAAACUGAUUACCGCAACUAUCGUGUUGAAGUGAAAAAACGUCUCAAUCUUAAUAGCAGUAAGCAUCAGCGAGCACUGACUCGGCUACAGAAACGUGGAGUCGACGUAAGUGCCGCACUCAGUUUGCUUCCCACGCUAGAAGAUCGCAUAGAACAGCUGCACGCAGAAUAUAUGCAAGUCGAGCAGGUCUAUCAUCAAGUUUUGAAGAAACUAAAAAUUGCUCGGGAAUAAAAAGAAUCAAUCGUUGCUAGAUUAUCACGCAUUAUUGAAAAUUCUCAUGUUGAUGAC